GAAAUGCCCGAUUGAACCAUUGAAAUCCCACCGGACGUAACCCACGAUUCCUCGGGGCGCGAAUUCUCUUGGCAGUUACAGAAGACAAACAUUCGUCCGGGGCUUUCCGCAAAUUAACAUUCCCGCCGUCUGAGCGACUCGAUCGAAGCGUUAACUGGAGUACCGCUUUAAGUGAAGAAGCCAAUCAGUACGUGUCGCGGGGCGAGCAAUUUCUCGCGAUCUCGCCGGGGGUUCUCCGCGGCGCGCGGUACCGAGAUAAUUAACGGUGAAUGUACCGCGACGAGAGACUCGAUGAUGUCACUUAACGUUUCCGACCCGGCGAAAGCGCCGGUUAUCUUAAACCGGGCAAAAACGGUAAGCUGGAUUCGCGCCGCGGAAUGCCGCGGCGCCGUCGCGCACCUGCGACUCCUGAUGGAUUUUCUCGGGUCUCAUUUCGACACACGGCGAUCCGCCGUCGAAACUCCAGCGUCAACAGUUGUCGCGGCGCGGCGGAAGGUGCUGCCGACGUAAAACUGAAAUUUCCCCGCCGGAAAAACGUACGGGGUGGACGUGGCGGUGCAUCUACGUAGGGCCUGAAAAUACGAAUCUCUCCCUCGCCUGAAGUGAAGAUACGCGACAGCGCGAACGUAUCUCGAGUGCGCGGGGAUACGCGAUCGCGAGGGGAUUUACGAAACAGUGUGAAAAGUGAGGGAAACCCCCGGGGAAAGGAGCGACGGAAAACGGUGCGUUUUGGUCCCGCGCUUGAAAAAGAUGUUGACGACAAUGUCUACCGUCGCGUUCGAAUUGAAUUCAUCCUAUUACACAACGGCGAUCGGCAACAGCGCGCUCGAUGGAUUCUCAGUAAUCGAGUCGGAGAACGCCACUUCCGCGCUGUACAUGCUGCCUGCCUACAUCCGAACGACUUCGAUGGUAGCCUGUAUUAUCGUGAUGAUUCUGGGAAUAGCUGGCAAUCUGAUGGUGCCGCUAGUCGUGCUGCGGGGUAAGGACAUGAGGAACAGCACGAACAUCUUUCUGGUGAAUCUGAGCGUCGCCGACCUCUGCGUGCUUGUGAUCUGUACGCCGACCGUGUUAAUCGAAGUCAAUUCGGGACCGCAAGUCUGGCCGCUCGGCGAGCACAUGUGUAAGGCUGUGCCAUUCGUGGAGUUGACUGUGGCUCAUGCCUCGGUUCUCACAAUUUUAGCCAUCAGUUUCGAACGCUAUUACGCUAUCUGCGAGCCGUUAAGGGCGGGAUAUGUGUGCACAAAGGCAAGGGCAACCUUUCUUUGUUUCUUGGCGUGGGUGGCAGCGGCGCUGUGUACAAGUCCCAUACUGCUUAUGGUGACGUACGAGAUAGAGGAGAACGUCGACGGUACGUACAUACCUACGUGUACAACGCCGGCUUCGACGACGUGGAUGACGGGCUUCAUCCUGACGACGAUCCUCGUGUUCUUCGUGCUCCCUCUGCUGAUCCUGAUAGUUCUAUACACAGUGAUCGCCAAACACCUGAUGGCGAAUCCGGCGAUAAGUCGCGGGCCGGCGAACAAUCUGCUCAAGUAUCGCAAGCAGGUGGUCAUGAUGCUGGCGACGGUGGUGCUGUGCUUCUUCCUGUGCCUGCUGCCCUUCAAAGCCCUCACCCUCUGGAUCAUCAUCGUGCCGCCCAAGAUGGUCGUCUCGCUCGGCAUAGAGGGCUACUACAGCCUCCUGUACUUCUGCAGGGUGAUGCUGUACCUGAACUCGGCGAUCAAUCCGAUCCUCUACAAUUUGAUGUCGACGAAAUUCAGGGAGGGCUUCCUCAAGCUGUGCGGCCUGGGACCCGGCAAGAGGAAGAAGAAGAAGACGUCGGAGCGCACGGGCACCUACACGACCGGCUCGACAAACUGCAGCAGCAGCCACUCGGACUUCUGGCGAAGACACAGCAGCAACAGGAGCAGCAACGCGAAGGGAUCAGAAUUUCGCUAUUCCGAUGGAAUCAGCGAUAAAAUUCGACGACAGAAGCAAGAUAUUGUUAAAAGUCGGCACAAAAGCGAAAACGAAAUCGCAAAUUUUGUACAUAAGUCAGAAAAUUAAUUGAAUUUUAAGCGACACGUCUUGUUAUUGAACGUGGUAUGUACGGUAGGUAUUUUCUACGAUGCUGGCAUCUGAGAAGCGAAAUACUUUUUAACGUGGACGUAGGCAUUUAAAUGCGAUGUACAAUUUAUUUCUUUUCGAAGCUAUCGUAUGCUAACACAAGGUGGCAGAUUUUACGCGAAGCAUUUGAGAAAUUAAGAAGCUUCUGUGCAAUUGUUAUAGGAAUAGUCAUAUAAAAUGUUAUACGAAGUUUCGUCUUUUAAUAUCACCUGUUUUCCUGACAAAAUAAGACUGAGAUAAAUAUGACAUGAUAAAUAUUUUCAUUGUUCGUUUAACGAUAAUAUAAUUCAGUCAACAUAAUCUAACCGCUUGAAAGGAUUUCAUCGUCAUUAGUUUUAAUAAAACUGUUAUUCCGACAAUUUAAAUAUUUAUCGUUAUCUAUUACAGUACGUUUCAGGAAAUACACUUAUUUAUAGAUGAGACUAUUGCAUUAUUAUUAUAUAUUGCAUUAUUCAUUAUUAUCAUAUUAUUUCAAAUUGAUUAAUUUAGCACCACUGAAAGUUGGCUAAUAUUUUAUACGGUAACUUUGCCAGGAUAUUAUUUUGUGCUCAUAAAAAAAACAAGUACUUAUUGAUAAAAAUUGGUUAAUAUCUAAUAAAAAUACCGAAAUUUGGUGAAUGUGCACAUCCGUAGUAAAUAAAUUAUCAAAAUUAUGUUGAUAUAACAAAUAUUACAGGAAACAUUAAUAUCUGCGUAUGACACUUAAUCUAUUACGUCCGAUUUUGCUGUAGUGCGCAUAUUAGAACAGAGUUGACGUUCAGUUGGGCAACGAUUUCCAAUCAUGAUUGGUUAGAUUGAAACGUAUAAAUAUAAAUAAGAUAAUACAAAUAUAAAAUAUCUUAAUUAAACGUGUUUAAUUGGCGCUCACUUACUCUGCUGAACCAUCUCUACUCGAACAUAUAUUAUUACGUUAAAAACAAUGUACUUGUAAAAUCUUGUACUCGUAUACAAGCAACUCCGAAAUCCUUCAUUUUCUCUCGAUGAAUUCUUAUGUAUAAAAUCUUUGUAAAAUUUUAUGUCAAAGCAUCUCAAUGUAUAAAUUAUUUUUGUUUAAAUGCCAAAAGUUAG